AUGAGUUCCGCUCUGCUUCCGGUCGUCGAGCCAAUUCCAUUUGAGCCGGCAUCCCAAAAAUACCAAACCUUGCGGACAUCGCUACUAGAGAAGUUUGCAGCAGCAGUGCCAGAUGCGUUGAAACUACCCCGGUCGAUCAUUCAUAACCCGCCAGUCGAUGUCACUGCCAUUCCUCGAGAGUGUGGCAUUUUAUCAGCACAGGAGAUAGACAUAACUGAAAACUACGACGUGACAUCUCUAGCACAGGCGAUAGCAUCUAAGAAGUUUUCUGCAGUGGCUGUAGCGACCGCUUUCUCGAAGCGGGCUAUUAUUGCCCACCAGCUCACAUGCUGUCUUACAGAAUGGUUCAUGCGUGAGGCAGUCGCCCAGGCGGAAUAUCUCGACGAUUACUUGGAGAAAACAGGCAAACCGAUAGGCCCCUUGCAUGGAGUUCCUAUUAGCGUUAAGUUAAGAAUCUCCAUUGCUGGACAUUGGUCCAUGGCUGGAACUCUUGAUACUUUGCAGAAGGCUACCAAGGAUUCCCAGUUAAUUGCUAUUUUGCGCAAUGCCGGGGCUGUUUUCUAUUGCAAAACCAACCAACCCCAGUCCCUUAUGCAUCUGGAGUCGCUUUCAAUCUGGGGCCGCACCCUCAAUCCCUUCAACAUUAAUCUCUCAUCGGGAGGAUCAACCGGCGGAGAAGCAGCUCUCAUCGCUCUCAGGGGAUCACUAUUUGGUCUUGGUACUGAUAUCGCUGGAAGUGUACGUGCGCCCGCUGGCUAUUGCGGCAUAUUUGGGUUUCGCCCAACCUCCCAUGUGCUGCCCACAAAGGAUUUCUUACUCAACGUGCCCGGUUUCGCUGCAGAACUGAACAUCAUGGGAUGCGUCGGUCCUAUGUCCACGACACUGAGGGACAUGGACCUUUUCAUGAAUGUUGUGAUGUCUGCCAAUCCCUCUAUUCAAGACCCACAGCUCAUCCCUACUCCAUGGACGCCACGGCGCUUGGAGAAGCAACCCGACGGUGCUCGUUUACGCAUUGGGUUCAUGAUGAACGAUGGUGUGAUUACACCUCAGCCACCGGUUACAAGGGCUCUAACUUGGGUGCGAUCGCAAUUAGAGAAGUCUGGUUUCUUUGAUAUUAAGGACUUUGUCCCCUUCCGUGCUGCCGAAGCUAUGAAAAACCUCAACAGCGCGUACUGGCCUGAUGGUGGUAGAACACUCAAGCGCCAUCUUGCAAUGACGAGCGAACCUAUGCUUCCUCUAACAGCAUGGGCUAUCAAAGACGUGGAAAAUAUCGACAUCGGAGUAGCAGGCGUCCUUGAACAACGUGGAAAGCGUGACUUAUUUCGAUAUGAAUUUGCUGAACAUUGGGCGUCUCAACAAGUUGAUAUUGCUAUUUGUCCGGUCUCUGUUGGGCCGGCUUGUAUGCACGAUACCACAUUUUACUGGAACUACACCUCUUUUUGGAACUACGUGGAUUGUCCUGGGGCAACAAUCCCGACCCCCAUUAAGGCUUGUAGGAAGGGAACAGAAUAUUACGGAUCGGAGGACCAAGUUCCCCUGAGCGAUGAGUGUAAGCACGUUAGACAACUUUGGGCGGAAGGAGAUUUUGAAGGGGCCCCAAUUGCUGUUCAAGUAAUUUCUAGGAGAUAUCAUGAUGAUGAGUUAUUCACUGCACUGAAAACAGUGAACGAAGUAUUGGAGAGAUCGACAUCGUCUCGUCGAUAA